CUCCGGUUGACAUCUCACGCUGUUACUUAAUAACACUUGCAGGCGUUACAUGAAGGAUCCCAGGGACAGAAGUAAGACCAACUAAAUAAAAAAAGUUGUGUUUUGUGGCCUGAAAAUCUGGGUACGCGGCACAGCGGGGAUGUCUCGGCUACUGAGGCUUCUCUCGGCGGCCGCUCUGCCUUUCUGCCGUGCUGGAGGAGCCCGGGCCAGGCUGUCAGCUGUGACCGCAGGACAGCUCUUCAGAGCCGGAUACAGAAACUCCACCGGCCCGAACAUAACUCGGACUCCAGCUAACUUCCUGUCCUGUCGCAGAUUCCAGUUAGCUCAGCGACGACUCUACACCACAGAGCCCAAAGAUGGAAAAAAAGGACCAACUGGAGGAGGAGGAGGGAAGAGAGGAGGAGGAAAGGACUGGUGGAGGCGAAUGCAGAAGGGCGACUUCCCCUGGGAUGAGAAGGAUUUCCGUUACGUGGCGAUCACGGUGGCUGGACUGAGCUCGGCUCUGCUGUAUUUCUACUUCAGAGACACCGGCAGAGAGAUCAGCUGGAAGGACUUUGUCCACCGCUACCUGGGCAGAGGCAAGGUGGAUCGACUGGAGGUCGUCAACAAGCAGUACGUCAGAGUCAUUCUGGUGCCGGGAGCCGACACUGAUGCGAGUUACGUCUGGUUCAACAUCGGCAGCGUCGACACAUUUGAGAGAAACCUCGAGACGGCAGUUCUGGAACUCGGAAUGGAGUCAACGCACCGACCUGCCGUCGUCUACAGCUCUGAGAGUGAUGGCUCUUUCCUGUUGAGCAUGAUCCCGACCGUGCUGCUGAUUGGCUUCCUGCUCUUCACGCUGCGGCGGGGACCAAUGGGAGGAGGCGCUGGAGGUGGUAGGAAUCCAUUUAGCAUGAGCGAGUCAACAGCCAAGAUGAUGAAGGACAACAUCGAAGUGAAGUUCAAGGAUGUGGCUGGUUGUGAGGAGGCCAAGCUGGAGAUAAUGGAGUUUGUGAACUUCCUGAAGAACCCGCAGCAGUACCAGGACCUCGGAGCUAAGAUCCCCAAGGGAGCCGUGCUGUCCGGACCUCCUGGUACGGGAAAGACUCUGCUGGCCAAAGCUACAGCUGGAGAGGCCAACGUCCCCUUCAUCACCGUCAACGGCUCAGAGUUCCUCGAGAUGUUUGUGGGCGUCGGUCCGGCCCGAGUGCGGGACAUGUUUGCCAUGGCGAGGAAGAAUGCCCCCUGCAUCCUCUUCAUUGAUGAGAUCGACGCAGUGGGGAGGAAGAGAGGAGGGGGGAACUUUGGGGGUCAGAGUGAGCAGGAGAACACCCUGAACCAGCUGCUGGUGGAGAUGGAUGGUUUUAACACCGCCACGAAUGUGGUGGUCCUCGCUGGAACUAACAGACCGGACAUCCUGGAUCCUGCUCUGCUGAGGCCAGGACGCUUCGACAGACAGAUCUAUAUAGGUCCGCCGGACAUCAAAGGCAGGGCUUCCAUCUUUAAAGUCCACCUGCGACCAAUCAAACUGGAUCCCAAUCUGGACAAAGACGGUCUUUCAAGGAAGAUGGCAGCUUCCACACCGGGAUUCACUGGAGCUGACAUCGCUAGUGUCUGCAACGAAGCAGCUCUGAUCGCAGCCAGGCACCUGAACCCGUCCGUCAACAGCAAACACUUUGAACAAGCCAUCGACCGGGUCAUUGGAGGUCUGGAGAAGAAGACUCAAGUCCUGCAGCCCACAGAAAAGAAGACCGUCGCCUAUCACGAGGCCGGUCACGCCAUCGUCGGGUGGUUCCUGCAGCACGCUGACCCUCUGCUCAAGGUGUCGAUCAUCCCGCGGGGGAAGGGUCUGGGUUACGCUCAGUACCUGCCUAGGGAACAGUACCUGUACACCAAAGAGCAGCUGUUCGACAGGAUGUGCAUGAUGCUGGGAGGGCGUGUGGCUGAGCAGGUUUUCUUCGGACGGAUCACCACCGGCGCUCAGGAUGACCUGAAGAAGGUCACGCAGUCUGCCUACGCUCAGGUGGUGCAGUUUGGGAUGAGCGAGAAGGUGGGACAGGUGUCGUUUGACCUCCCCCGACAGGGUGAGGUAGUCAUGGAGAAGCCGUACAGUGAGGCGACAGCAGAGAUCAUUGACGAGGAGGUCAGAGAGCUGAUAAAUCGAGCGUACGAGCGCACCCUGCAGCUCAUCCAGGACAAGAAGGACCUGGUGGAGCUGGUGGGGAAGCGCCUGCUAGAAAGGGAGGUGUUGAACAAGGCUGACAUGCUGGAGCUGCUGGGCCCUCGGCCGUUUGAGGAGAAGUCAACGUAUGAGGAGUUUGUGGAGGGGACCGGGAGCUUCGAGGAGGACACGAGCCUGCCGCAGGGCCUCCGAGACUGGAACCAGGAGAGAGGAGGGGAGGCGGAAGACAAAAAUUCAACUCAGGACAAACGGCAGGCCAUGUAGAGUCCAAAAAACACCCAACACGUACCAGCUGCAAAAAAAAAAAAGGUCUGACAGAGUCUGGGAGGUCUGGGGGGGGUACUGGGUUUAGGAGGAGCACGUGGCCAUUCACCCCGGUUUGUUCUACCUUCAAGAAACUUUCUAGUUUAACACGUUUAAGAUAAGGUGAAAUUAACAUGUUCAUGAACUUAAACAUAAAAAUACAAGAUUUCACCAGGUGAUUUCAAUAAAAUUGUGCUUUUUAUUCAGUCAACUUUAACUUUACUUGUCCGUCCUGCAGAGGAUCAAUACCGCACAAUCAGCUGCACUGCUCGUUAGUGCUCUGUCUUUAAAAUGUAAAUAGUUGGUGGCCUGUAUAACUAAUAUGAAGAAAAAUGAAGGUUGGUGGUUAUAAUUUCCUACUACUUGUUAAAAAUUGUAUUUUAAUAUAUAACUGCAUUGAUAUUCUGCUCUGGCAUCACGUCCACGCGGAUUUGAUUUUAAUUAGAUGCUAAAAUAAAGUAAGGAAGUGGGCAAACGGGCAAUGUUGGGAGCACCUCAGAUACCUCCUCCUCAGAUCCACCAGUUUCUGGUCAGCCUCUGCUUGUAGAAUUUGUCCAGAGGUUUCUUCUUUCCAACAUCUGGACAGGAAGUUGCUCCAGAAUGCCUUUAAGACUCAAACAGGAGGCUAGAAUGUACACGAUGCACAUUUAAACGGUGCAUACAGACUGACUCUUCCUUUAUUUAUUCUUCUAAAGGGGAGACCCCUUCCUGACCGAUGCCUUGCUGAUAAUGAGGAUUAUUUUCUGUGUCCAGACUAAAAACACUGGAUCGUUUUUAAACUUUUCUUUUUGUGGACAGCAGUUACUCUUCAUACUGACGCGAAGAGUCGUCGGACCGAAACACCUCAGCAGCACCCGUCACUUCGGAUUUCUUUUUGUACAAACGUUUUGAUCAUAUUGAUUUUUGUGUGAUGUUAACAGAAAAUAAAAAAAUGAAACAUUU